AUGUUUUUUCUAUUUCAAUACAACUAUCUACUCACAAAAUGCUCAAUAUUACUUAAUAAUGCAUGGGAUUUAUGCUUAAGUAUGCAAAUCAAAAUUAAUGAUUUUGCAAUCCCACUAAUUUGUUUAAUAUUCAGAUUAUUAAUGAGCAAUGACCCAAGUGAUCCAGAAGAUCUUUCAGAUGAUGACUUUGUGGAUGAGAAGCCCCUUGAACCCAAGCCCUAUAAAACAGAUCAUGAGGAUGAAACAAUUCAGGAAAUCCAAUCUUUCACAGUGAAAGACAGACCCUUCAUUAGGAUGCAAUUUAUUAAAAAGAGAAAGGAGUUUGGUUUGACAUUCAAAUUCAGCGAUUAGGAGACAUCUGAGAGAACAGGAGAAAUCAAGGCACUAGAAAAGGAUCCACUACAACUUGUCAAAAAUAAGGUCAUUGAAAUGGGCAUUCAGGGAUGCAAUCCUUUUCAGGAUGCCAGUUCUUAGACUGUCUGGAAUAGAAAAAUUAAUAAAGCUUUGCAAGUAGACGAGGGAGAUGAAAGACAAGAACAGCCAGACGAAGAUUUUAAAUUGCUUAAAUUCUUGGAGACAGUUUAUCCAUUGAUGGAAGAAGCAUUGCAAUCAAAUGAAACCAUUGACAUCUAUUAGGACGAUUUCAAUGUCUUGCCUCUCUCAGAACAAAAUGGAGAUUAAAAUGCUGAACUUACUAAUGUGAUCAAAGAAAUCAAAAGUUUCAGUUAUCUAAAUUGCAAAGGCAAAAAAAUAUAAUGCAUUCAAUUCCAACCCACUAGUUAAGCAAUCAAAUCCAAGUAUAUUGUUGCAGAAUCCUUUGUCGAAAACCUCCUCUUUGAAGAAAGAGCCAUCUAUCAAUUGAAAUCUCAUAAAUCACUCAUAGUAUUCUGGGAUUUCGAAGACAUUCAUUCAAUUGAACCAGUGCUUCUACUGUAGUCUCCCCUUGAGAUACUCUCUUUCGAAUUCAAUCCCAAGGAUCCCAACAUAAUAGUUGGUGGCACUAUCAAUGGUUAAGUUAUGUUAUGGGAUCUCAGCGGCACAGCACUCUCAGUUUUUGCAUCCAAAAAAACCUAAAAAACUAAAUAAGAACGAAAUGAAAUUUAAGAAUUGCAACCUAAAAUGGUAUCAGCUCUUUAAGACCCAGCAUCAUAUUAAGCUGGGUCAUCUAAUGAAGUCUUGAGAAAAUAAGUUGCAUCUCACAAGAAUUUUGUAUUGGGCUGUGAAAUGAAGCAUUUCAAUCAUCUUAUACUUACUUCCUCUUAAGAAACUUAUCAAUUUGCAAGUAUUAGUUCUGAUGGUUAAAUUUUAUUCUGGGACACUAGAUUGAUUGAUAAAGACAGUAAAAAGACAUAAUAAGAUAUUUCAACCAUCCCGUGGAAGGCUACAUAUGGAAUCUAAUUGUAUAGACCUGAAGGAGGAGGAAUGAUGGGCGGAGGAUAAAUUUAAUUCAGAAAAAAUUAAAAAAUUCCCAUUUUAUCAGGCACAUCAGAUGAAGGUGAAGUCUUUAUUUUAGAUUGGGGAGAAAAACAAGGGGAAGAAGGACAAAAGAAUUAAUUGGUUUCAGCUAUUUGGUAAUAAUAACGAAGUAUGAGACCACCUAUUGCUUUGGAUGUAAGUCCCUUCUUUGAGGAUGUUCUAUUAACAUUACAUGAUUUCAAUUUUUGUGUUUGGAAACACAAUGUUACUUUCCCAAUAUUUGAAAGCCUCAUCAUGAAAGGAGCCCACAUUACUUGUGGUGGAUUCUCUCCUUAUCGUGCUGGUGUCAUUAUUGUUGGGAAAACUGAUGGUAAUUUGGAUGUUUGGGAUAUGUUGGAUUAAUCCCAUAAAUGGACAAUUCAAUUUUAAGUUGUUGCUUGUGCAAUUACAUCAUUAAAAUUCAAUGACAAUAUGGCUCAUAUUGUUGCUAUUGGUGAUUCUGAUGGUACCUUGCAUCUCCUUGAAUUUCCAUAAAGUUUGUGUAAAGAUUAAGGGAAUGAAAUCAAGGCGAUGAGAUUAUUCUGGGAUAGAGAAGUCAAAAGAGUAAAUUACUAUUCUGAGAGAUUUAAAAUAAGAGAAUAAUAAGCAAAAUAACAAAAUGAAAAGGAAAUUCAAGCUUAACCAGUUAAAGAAACAAAGCAAUCUGGCGAUACCAAAGUCUUAGAUGAAAUAGCAAACUUUGAAAAUGAAUACUAAAAAUUCAGAGAUACUUUACUUGGCAUUGGUCCCAAACCAGAAGAUGAUAAGGGUGAUAAAAAAGGUAAGAAAUGA